UGGCAAGAUGACACAAUGUUUUGACAUUUCGGAUUCAAAAUAAAAAUUUUACGUGGAGACUGGAGUCGAAAGUAUAGGAAAACCAUUUAUCCAAACAUAAUCGAUAUGACGACACGUACUUUAUAAAUGAAGGCUGUUGUGUUUCGAACCACCAGUCGCUAACGUAACAUCGGCGAGACGUUCGGCUACAGUGGGAGCCAACGUUGUACGUGCGCAGCAUCCAAAAAUCGUAUAAACACUGUUCUAUAUACUUGUGUCGUAAGUGAGUGAGUGCCAUCGAUUACAUAAAAUGCCUUGCCCUUUCCUAGGAUCAAUGAAUCAAGGAUUCGUGAGGAAUUACGGCAGCGUGCUGCUCAAACAAUAUGGAAACCUGUGCCCGAUCCUCUCGCGGGGCUUCCGCUCCCUCGGGGUCGACGAAACCAAGUGCCCCUUCAUUCAGGACAACUCGAUCGUUUCCGAGGCUCCGAGAGAGAUGACCGAGGACAUCAAGGAGAGCGUGCCCACGUACCAGUACGACAAGUUCUUCAGUGAACAAAUCAACGCCAAGAAGAAGGAUUACUCGUACCGAGUGUUCAGGAAGGUGUCUCGUCUCGCGGCGGAGGGUAUGUAUCCGCAGGCGCUGGAGGGGCCCGAGCACCGGCGCGUGACGGUGUGGUGCGCCAACGACUACCUGGGAGCGUCGCGCCACCGCGCCGUGCAGGACGCGGCCGUCUCCGCCAUCCGCGCCUACGGCACGGGCGCGGGCGGCACGCGCAACAUCGCGGGCAACUCCCAGAUGACCGAAAAACUCGAAGCCGAAAUCGCCAAACUCCACAAGAAGCCCGCCGCCCUCAUCUUCAGUUCCUGCUUUGUUGCAAAUGAUGCGACUUUAUCGACUCUAGCUAAAAUCAUGCCAGGUUGUAUUGUAUACUCGGACGCGGGCAACCACGCUUCCAUGAUACAGGGGAUCAGGAACAGCCGGGCACCCAAGCAUAUUUUUAGGCACAAUGACCCCAACCACCUUAGAGAAUUAUUAUCGGCGUCGCCGGCCGGUGUACCGAAGCUAGUCGUUUUUGAGACUGUUCACUCGAUGAGUGGAGCUAUUUGUCCUUUAGAAGAAAUGUGUAAUAUUGCUCACGAGUAUGGGGCGUUGACCUUCGUGGAUGAGGUGCAUGCUGUGGGGCUGUAUGGAAAACAUGGAGCUGGCAUUGCAGAGGAGAGAGGUUUGGAGCACCACAUAGACAUAGUGUCUGGAACUUUGGGUAAAGCCUUUGGGAAUGUGGGUGGAUACAUUGCUGGGUCUAGUCUGCUGGUGGACACCAUCCGGUCGCUCGCUCCUGGGUUUAUUUUCACGACAGCGCUUCCUCCUCCAACUUUAGCAGGUUCCUUGGCAGCUAUACGCCUUUUGGCCAGCGAGGAAGGAAGAAGUAUGAGAGCAAAACACCAAGGAAUUGUGAGAUACUUAAAACUAUCUUUGCUCAUCGCCGGCCUUCCUCAAAUGCCAUCUGUGAGUCACAUAGUGCCCGUACCGAUAACUGGAGCAGACAAGGUUGCCCUGGUGGCAGAAUCCUUGAUGAAGAGGGGUCAUUACGUGCAAGCUAUCAACUACCCGACGGUAGCUCGGGGGGAGGAGCGCUUGAGGUUCGCGCCGGGGCCUCACCACACGCCAGAAAUGAUAGACAGCCUGGUCACUGCCUUGAUUGAAUCAUUCCAUGAAAAUAAUAUAAGGUUCGACCAGUUUAUGGUGAACGGCGCUUGCCGAGAAUGCAGUAUGGAGUACAAGGUCGACAUCGCGUAUGAAGAACCAUACAAGUACACCAUGAUUGCUGCAUAAUUAAUUGCAUAUAAAAUUGAAUAACGCUUCUCUAAAGCCAGAUUUACAUUUUGUCAGUCACCAAUUAAAACUUGUCAAACUCAUUAAUUGAUAUUUUAAAUUAAAAAUAAUUUGCAAGCCUUGGCUAGCUUCUCAAAAUUAACUGAAACACGUCAAUGCUAAUGAAGUAGGUACUAAACUAAUAAAAUUAAGUCAGUAUACUGUAUAGCAUUCAAUUUGAUAUAAACAAUGCCAAUCAGAAAUACCAUUAUAUACGGCAAGUAAACCCAAAGUUACUGAUAAAGUUACUGAUUCUAUGUAAAUCUGCCUUAAAUCUAUGUGCAGGCAAAAUAUGACAAAAAAAUAUGUUAAAAUGUUGCAAAUUUUAUUUCAGUUGUUAUUUUAUGGUGUGGUUAUAUGGUAGGGAUAAAUAAAAAUAUGGUAUCAUUUA